UAAUCCCGGUUCAUUUUCCUGUUUUUAACGUUGCUUUCGUUCCCAGGAAGGUGGUAUCGUUUCGGAUAGUCCACAUCAGACUUUCUCAUCUGCUUGUACUUAUACGUAGCAAAGAGCCGAGCAGGAUUCCGGAGUAGUCUUUCUUCUAACGAAGGGAAUUCUUCCGCCCGCCCCUCACUCUGAGAAAAUGGCAAUGUUCGGUUUCCUCAUCUUGGCUUUGCUGAUGAGCGCGACCUUCGGUAACCCUGUUCGCAAAAGCUACGGGAAUUUUUACUUCUCUCGUAAACAGGUCGUCGAAUUUACGGUUGAUGUCAUCGAGGCUGGAAAAGAAUACAAAGAGAGGAUCGAAGUGGACGAAAAGAAGCAAACAGAAAUGUUUCAAGUUCCUGCUCAUCCUGGUGUGGAUCGCAGUGAUGUGUUACACGAUUUCAAACAUAGUUUAACCCUGCUACGAUUCCCGGAAACCAAGAUUUGUUACCUGCUUCCUCUCGUUAAACAGCAGUCGCGGCCAAAGAAGCUAGUGAGAGAUCUAAAGAGGGCAAAGAAGACGAUUAUUACAGAGACCAGCCGGAAAGACAGCACGUGGAUUCUUGACGGGGAGGUAACUGAUCGCUCAGCUCUCGGUGAAGAGGCAGAGAGUUUUUGCGCUAAGUAUAAGAUGUACAAGGUGAAAGAAAUGCAGGAAUCCAUGAAGGUGACCGAAAUAAGAACGAAUGAACGAGGACGUCGAGUUCGACGACGAAGUGAACCUUUAAACGGCAUAAAGUUAUGUCCUGGGGCCAGGGAUCUCUACACAAUGUCCAAAAUAUGUUCGGAACCUACGCCGAAGUGUUCACGAAAGUAUAGUUGUUUCCGUUAUGUCAAAUGCGAUGAUGACACCGAUCGUGGUUGCAAGAACGUGCACCAUUCCAGUGUUUUCCUAUCAUGCUGCGCAUAUACUUGUAACGACAACGGCGGAUCAGGAAGCGAAGUAUUGGAUGACGAGGCUACAGAUACCUCAGGGAACGGACCCGGGGGGGAGGUAGAGGACGAAGAGGCUGAACCUGGGAACCCUGACGGGCGGUCAAGCGGAUCAGGCUCGUUUGCAUAUUUGCGAAGGUUGUGAUCAGUGUGUUUUGAAACCAAAGUUCAUUACAUGUGUAACUUUUAGUCAAGCCUAAAUUUCGUAAUGAAUAAAUGACAUGCUAAGGAA